AUGAGAGUGCAUUUUUUUUCCUGCGCCGGGGCAGCGACAGAACAGAUCGCUGGUCGCAAUUUGCUGUGGUACAAACGUGACAGGAUGUUUGAGCAAGGUGCGACAUGCUCAGGCAAUCUGACUCCGUUUCCAUCAUGUUUCCUUCCAUGGCCAGUCCGUGCUUCGAUCAUGACGUCCACCCCAUCAAGAUUGCCAUCUAUCAACGGGCCUUAUGAUACCCGCCGCAUGAAUCAGGAAUCGGUUGCGGCGAUUGCGAGGCUGGCCAACUUCGCUAAAAAAAGAAUGAACCUGCCAGGAUUGUCGGAUGGCCAGCGCAGAGUCAUGCCAGUUACGGAUGACGGCCAUGCCACGAUAUCCGUCCGUCCGCAAACAAGAGACGGCAUGUCGAAACAGACCCUGGGUGCCUGA